AUGCAAGGCGCAAGCAUGAGUUUUGAACCAGUUGAACUUUACGUCGAUACAGACAUGCCUACACAAUACAUAAGAAAAGCAAGCGUUUCUAGUGGCAAAUGGUUAAAACAACAGCUAACUGCUGCAGUUGCUGCCAUAGCAGCGAAUGAAAUGGGUGUUCAAGUAUGGCUGGAUAUCCGUGGCUUGAUUCAUUCCUUAGAAGAAACAAGGGACUUACGAGCUGAACUUGACGAUAAAAAUAAUAAAAUUACCUAUGAUGAUUCGACAAGUGGUGAAGAUGAAUCUGACAUGUGCGUUUGUUGCAAAGAGGAAUACAGCAAAACAAAAGUAAACAAGACUGGUUACAGUACAUCAGUGUAUGAGAUGGAUGCAUGA